AUGAUUACAGAAUCUAAAGAUCAGACAACAUUAAAUGAACUAUGGAUUGGUUUAGUAUUAAAUUCGGUAUCUUGUAUGAUAUUGGUCAAACCAUUGGAUCACCUAAUCACCAAAAGUGAAAAUAUAUCAAUGCAGCUCCGGUCAGUCCGGCUGUUAAAACGGACACUAAGUAGCGCGAAAGCUUAUUCAAUCAUGGGUGUCCCAGCCUUUUUUAGAUGGCUUAGUAUGAAAUAUCCAUCGAUUGUUACCCAUUGUGUAGAGAAACGUGGGUCUGUUUUGGAUGAUGAUGGCAAUAGAUCACCUGUAGAUACGUCGGAGCCGAAUCCAAAUGGAGAAGAAUUCGACAAUCUAUAUUUAGAUAUGAAUGGUAUUAUCCAUCCAUGUACGCAUCCAGAAAACAAACCAGCUCCAAAAACGGAAUCGGAAAUGUUUGCAGCUAUUUUCGAAUACAUAGAUAGACUGUUUUCUAUUGUUCGCCCAAGAAGAGUACUGUAUAUGGCCAUCGAUGGAGUGGCUCCACGUGCUAAAAUGAAUCAACAACGCUCCAGACGUUUUCGAGCAGCCCAAGAGGCGAAAGAAAAACAAAUAACUAUUGAGCGUUUAAGAAAUGAACUAAUUGCUAGAGGGGCACAUCUUCCACCAUCUAAGGAAGAACAUUUUGACUCCAAUUGUAUUACACCAGGAACACCAUUUAUGUCACGUUUGGCUGUUGCUUUAAGGGGGUAUAUAUAUACUCGUUUGACGAAAGAUCCAGGAUGGAAGAAUCUAAUGGUAUUCUUGAGCGACGCAAACGUUCCUGGUGAGGGUGAACAUAAAAUCAUGGAUUUUAUCAGACGACAGAGGAAUAAUCCAACUCAUGACGCCAAUACGAAACAUUGUUUAUGUGGCGCUGACGCUGACCUUAUAAUGCUUGGAUUAGCCACACAUGAACCAUAUUUUACUAUUAUUCGUGAAGAAUUUAAACCAAAUCAACCAAAACCUUGUGAUUUGUGCGGCCAGAUGGGUCAUGAGAUGGAGGACUGCGUAGGUGCUCCAAAAGAAGAAGAUUCAAACGAAUGUCCUCCUCCACUACCAUCAGGAGAUGUGGAUUUCAUCUUUAUUCGCUUGAAUGUAUUGAGACAAUAUCUAGCAGAAGAUCUGAAGUUGGCUGGCAUUACAUUUGAAUGGGACCUCGAACGAGUCAUUGAUGAUUGGGUUUUUAUGUGCUUUUUCGUUGGAAAUGACUUCCUCCCUCAUCUUCCGAGUUUGGAAAUCCGCGAAGGAGCGAUUGAUCGUUUGAUUGAUAUUUAUAAGUCGACAGUCCAAAAAACGGGAGGGUGGUUGACUGAUAGUGGACGAGUCAAUUUAGAGCGUGUCCAACUUAUUAUGGUUGAUUUGGGAAAGAUGGAGGAUGAGAUCUUCAAAAGUCGUCGUGAAUCAGAACUACAGUUUCGCAAUAGAAAGCGUCAAAACUCAUCUGGCAAUGGUUAUAACAGAAACCAACGUGGUUUCACUCCACAACGAUUGGACCACCACCCAUCAUUUGAAGUGUCCCAAUCUGGUUUUAUGGAACCUAUUCCCCUAAAAGGACGUCAUGGAAUAGCACACCCCAAAGGUCACUAUACAAAUCAAGUUGUUUCUGCUGAUGAGUUAUUAGCUGCACGACGUUAUCAAGGUAGAUGUCAAGAAAGUGUUAAUUGGGUGGAUAGAAAUCUAAAUAACCUUGAGGCAGCAACAGCACUGAAAGCUAUGCUGAAACGCGAUAAACCUAUUGAAAACAGAACCUCGAAUGAUGUGAAUAGUUUCACUGUUCUUCCGAAAAUACCUCGGGUUACUUCUGAUAACAACACAGGUCCAAAUUGUGUUUCAUCCGGUCUUAACAACAGAUCAGGUAGUCAUCGCGACGAUGAGGAUGAGAUGAUGGAUGCUGCAGAUGAAGUACGGUUUUGGGAAGAUGGAUGGAGAUCACGAUAUUAUCAAUCUAAAUUCGGAGUUGAUCCGACAGAUGCACCUGGAUUCUGUAUCAAAGUCGGUCAAGAAUAUGCCCUUGGUUUAUGCUGGGUCUUAGCCUAUUAUUACCAAGGUUGUGCUUCAUGGGAUUGGUAUUUCCCAUAUCAUUAUGCUCCAUUCGCUAGUGACUUCUCCAAAAUCUCAGAACUCGAUGUUGACUUUUCGAAAAAAGAAACAAAACCGUUUAGACCACUGGAGCAACUUAUGAGUGUGUUCCCGGCCGACUCUCGUAGUCACGUUCCUCCAGCGUGGCAGGACUUAAUGACCGACCCCGAUUCUCCUAUAAUUGAUUUUUACCCAACAGACUUCAAAAUAGACUUGAAUGGCAAACGAUAUCUGUGGAUGGGUGUAGCUUUGUUACCAUUUGUUGACGAGGUUCGUUUGUUGAAGGCCCUGGAUGCCCGAAGAAAUCUUCUAACAAAAGAAGAAAUCGAAAGAAAUGUUCGUGGUUCAGAUCAGUUGUUUUGUAGAGCUGAUCAUCCUGCUGGUCCAUUGUUGCAUUCCCUAUACAAAGUAUCAACUGAAAAGGCGGAGAAAGAUGAUUCGGAAGAACAUAUCAUACCAUCUUGGGCGUCUGCAAUUGACCCACGUGUUACGUUUGGAAUCAGUGGUUUAAUCUGGCCUAACAAAACGGCUUACUUACCUGGGAGUCGUGUACCUAGUGCAGUCCCAGGUCAUGUUCCUGAUUUGAAGGUCUCUGAAGCUGUAUCAAUAUAUUUUUCAGAUCCCCAAUAUCCAAAGGGCUUCGUCUUUCCUUCCAAGUUACUUGAAUCCGUUAAAAUGCCCCCACCAGUUUAUCUUCAACCUCCUCAGCGUGGCAGAGGAAGAGGACGAGGAAGUUUUCGCACUGAUGAACAUCGUGGACGUUUUAAUGCCAAUGCAGCUAUGCAGUACUAUGCUCGAGACAGUUCGACAGAUAGGGAGAAUACCGGUAGAGAUGUUUAUUCAAAUUCACCGAUGAACAGAAUGGUUAUGAAUUCAUUACCGCGAUAUCAGCGCAGUCGAGGUGGCCACUCACAGUAUUCAUCUAGAUCAGAUUGUGGCAAAAUAAGUAACAUCCCUUCAAAUUGGCGACCUGGGUCUUUUAAUCGUCAUCCUCCUCAAAAUGAUGCUUAUCAUCGAGACGGACCUGCCUAUCGUCAAUCUAGUAGUCAUGCAUACGCUAAUCCGUAUUCUGUACAUCCUCCAAACUUCAGUACAGGUCUUUCCAAUUCAGUCGUUAGGAAUAACCGCCCACCGUGGUUGCUUCCAAAUGGUAGAGGUUAAUCAAAGCUUUUACUACUUUGUCUCAUGUUCAUACUACCUUCUUCCUGCAUUUUUAUCUUUUAUUAUUAUAACACAAUAGUAGUUGUAUAUGAUGUAGGAAUUAUUUUGCGCCUGAACAACAUGAAUAAUAAAUUUUUACUCCAUUCUGCGCCCCUUCUAUUUACAUCAACAUGUAUACUAGUAACAGAAAACUUUGAUAUGGCAAUUUGUAUAGUGAAUAUCACUGAUCAUUUGUCAAACUUUAUUUAACAGCUGAGUAGUGUAGUGACAUUAAAUUAUGAAAGACUAAUAUGAUCUUUCCAAAUUUCAGUUGUUAAUAUAAACAAUUGAUAUUCUGUUCCAAAGACUUUUAUUAAUUUCCUCAUUCUUAGUGAAUUUUUAAACCGUGAUUGUUACGUACUGAACAAUUGGUGCUCACAUGAGAUUCGUUUGAACUCCACUGGUCAUGGUUUCUCACCAGAAUUAUCUCUCGAAAUCAGUCACUAGUGAGCACAUGGUUUUAGUUCUAAAUGGAUCUAUGAACUUCUUGAUUAUGUUGCUCCUUCUUAAACGGAAAUCCGAGUUGUGGUUCGGAGAUAUUGUAUGUGUAUGGAAGGUUUUCUAGAAACCUUUUCUUUGGCGUAAUGAAGUGUAGUUCAUUUUUAUAUAUAUCAAUGCAGUACAUUUUGGACUAACCACACAUUAACUUGUUAAGAGGGUCAACCUUGACAAACUGGAUCCUAAGUGUAAUAAGGAGAAGGCGAAAGCACAUUGCUGGGGCAGAUUUAAUGUAAGUACAAUGGGUGGGGCUGAUUUUUCUCAUGGUUUACCUUACUCCCUGUUUCAACGUUAUAUUGGGCAAUAAAGGAAGAUGAGUGUUUGUUAUCUGCUUUUAUUAGGUCAUUGGGAUUUGUUCGCUUACGUAAACACUUUAACAUGUGUUUAGCUACUCCUUUAAGCUACCGCUGCACCUUUAAGUGUAUGCGCCCGAAAACACAAGUAUUGGGAUGUGACUCAUUUUUUCACAAUUUACUAGGGUUUUCAGUGACUUCGGUUAUUUGGUAGUAAUGACCAUAAUUAAACAGCAAGUCCUAUGGAUAGCCUGUUUAAUUGUUCUUUUACAUACAUAGCUACACGAUUCACCCAUCAAUGGCAAUAGCUGAGUCAUUGAUAUUAGAUAAAAGGAUUAUUAUAAUUGCUAUUAAAUAUGAAAAUGAUCUCGGAAACUAACUGUGGGUCAAAUGAAGAAGUUAUGGAAAUCAACAAUUAUUGGAUAAAAGUGUUUGCAUACUAAUUUUCGACUACUCAAUGUCACAAUUCUAGAACUCAUGUGGAAUCAACCUGGAACCUUCAAUUUUCAUAUGUGAACAACUUAUUCUGUGAUAUCUAAAUUUAGGGAUUGGAAUGAUGGUGAUUUAAAUAGAUAAAAAAAUAUAUCUAUGUGCUCGUUCACUUCUCUCUACCUUAAUGUUUGUCAUUAACUUGUGUAACCAUAUAAUAACUUUAAAACGGAAUGAUAUUUUCAUCCUUUCCAAGUGUAAUUGUAAAAUGAGUUAGUUUGUGUAACAUCGUCAUGUCAACACGUUGAAAAUCCAGCAACUUCUCGUAUUCAUCAAAAUAAAUAGUCAAUUAGUAAUAAAUAUACCUUUUGUUAUAUUCCAAUGAGAAAACAGGUUUAUCUCUGACGUUUCGUGACUUAAUGUAAGCGACUUCUUUAGAGUAAAUGAACCACCGAAUUAAAUUAACACAAGUUUAAAUAGUACUAUAUUCUGUACUCACCUUCUACCCAAUGCUCAAUUUACUGAAAAUAUCAAGUUCAACCUUGGCAUUGAUACCUAUAAAUAGUCAGUUAUUAGAAUAAAUAAAUAACAUCACAUGAUUACUUAGCGAUAACCAGCCUACA